UCCUCCUGGAUUUUUUUUUAAAAUUUGGCUUUCAUUUUGAUGUCAGAUCUUCUUUCUCUAGAUUAGCAGCACCUGCGACCUGUUUUCUUCCCUUUAUUCCAACAACUUCCACAUCCUAAAAUUAUUUGUGGGAUUUGCACCAGAAUGGUGGAUUAUUUCCCAGCUCUUUUUAUUAAUUCAGGAAGAUGUUACCAUCGUGCUCUUUGGGUUUUAUGAUUCUGGUGGUGGCUUUGAAGACGCUGGGUGGUAACUCAGAGAAAGAAGGCAUCUACAAGAAAGUGGGUGACAAAGUCGUCCUCACACCAGGCUCUGUGCCUGCUUCCAUCACCAGGAUCAAGUGGACACAUGAUCAAGAUGUUGCUCUGGAGUGGACCAGACAACAACGUUUCACCUCCUGGCACUUCCGAGAUGGCUGUGAGGUGGAUACCUCCACUGGGAUCCUGACGAUCUCAAACCUGGCUCUAAACGACAGCGGCAGCUACACGGCGGAGAUUAAUGAUGAAGUCAUGAGCACAAUGGAAAUCAUUGUUAUCACCACUGUCCCUAAUCCUACUGUGUCCACAUGGUGCCACCCUGAGAUGACCUACUGUACUCUCACUUGUGAACCCAACGUGACAGAUGAUGCCAAACCGAUCACCUAUUACUGGAUGAUAGGUGACAUGGUGAAACAGUCUCCAACCAGUCAGUUCAACAUCACACAGACAAACAGAGAGCGUUUGAUAAGCUGUCAGCUGGAAAACCCAGUCAGCUAUGGAUACAGUGAAAAAAUCCUGAAUCCACUCUUAAUCAGGAAUCGGGCUUUACUGAGCUUACCAUUUGUAUGGAUUCUGGUGUUCCCGUUUGGCCUUAUUUGUUGUAAAUGCUGUUGUUGUACCCGCAGGACCCAAAGACACCGCUCCUCCACUGCUACCAACACUGUGAGAUAGGGCAGUGCUGGAUCAAACUGUGAUGAUGAGGAUGAAGAAGAGUUGGUGUUGCAUAAACCACUGGAGAAAAGUCUGCUUUAACUAAUCCUGGAAAUACAGGAAGAGAAUAAUACGGAGGCUUCGGAGGACAAACAAACCCAAAACAAAACAAAUAUAUGUGUAUAUUUUAUAUGUAAUAAAUAGUAGUAAUAAAUAAAAGAAUAUAGCCAGAGAUAUUUCUAUUAGGAAAAAAAGAAAAUCACUUUGGGCAAAAUUACAAUGUUUUUUAUGUCAGAUUAUGAAUGUCCAUAAUGUGUUGUACAGAUAAAGUUCCAGAAGCAUCUUACUUGUAAAAUCUUACUGGGGUGAAUGCCAAACUUGAGAGGUUCAUUCUUCACGUGUGAGGACAAACAGACAGGAUUUAAAUACUUUGUCAACUUUAUAAUCAGCUUAAAUAGCCCUCUAAGUCUAUGUGAUAUACUGUGUGGUAUACCAUUGAUGUAUUAAAGUAGAGUUGGUAUAAACUGUGGCUAUUUGCAAACAUAUUUCAUGUUAUCACAUCACAUUUUGCAAAGUAUUUGCCCUCAAAUAUAGUUUGGUAGAUAUAGGCCUAUAAACAUUUGCAUUAUUGGAAAAGUGCUUCAGAAAAUGACCUUGGUCAGUGGACCAGUUUGAUUUCUACGGAGCCCCGCAGGGGACAUGGGAGAAAAAAAACUUAAGACGGACUUUUGCAAGAUCUCGCAAAACUAACUCAGGAUCUCGUA